AUGGCCGAUACAUUAGCAGAGUUUGAACAAGAAUUUAGAAGUCUUGCCGAUGAAAUAGAUAGAGGAACCAAAGAGAUUCAGAGAGCGGUCGGAAAGAAACAACAGUUUGACGUUAGAGCAAAAGCAGAGCUAUUAGAUGGAAGAUUGAAAAGAGCAAAAGAUGUAUUAAAAAGUUAUAGAAGAGAAUAUAGAGAGUUGGAAAAGAAAGAUCAAGCGGAAUAUGCUACAAAGGCAACACAGUUUGAAGAGAUUAUAAAGACGAUCGAGAAUGAUUUGCGAUGGGCAGAGAAACAGAAUGAAGGUGGUAGCACACCUUCCGGUGGUGCCGAGACAUCGACUCCACAGGACGACUACAAUCAAACAAUGAUACAAGCAAAGAAUAUACAAAAGAAAGAUAUAGAAGCCGUGACCAGAAUGCAACAAGAAGCUAUACAAAUAACACAGGUUGGUACAGCUACAUUAGAGGAGAUGGCAAUUCAAACUGAACAGAUGAAGCGUAUUGAUAAACAUUUGGACGAAGUCGAUAGUAAUUUGAAGUUGGCGACCAGACAGAUGAGAGCGUUCGCCAGAAAGAUGGCUACAGAUAAAUUGAUUAUGGGAUUGGUACUGCUGAUUGUGUUGGCUAUUAUUUUUGUUAUUGUAUGGAGUAUUGUUAAACCGAGUAAAUCGACAGACUCUGUGAGAGACAGAGUUACAACCGGUGGUGGAACCACAGGCACAUCAACAACCAGUUAA